UCUGUGAAAUAUUUUUUAUACGAAUAUAUUUUUACAAUGUGGUGUCGUGGUUCUGCUGCGUUGAAUAGUCUCUUAUCGAAGAGAUGUUAUUUAAAUAUGGAGCAGAAAAGAAAUGCUCAAGUGUCCAUUGUCGGAGCAGCUAAUGAAAUUGGCUCAAAUUUGGCCUUACUUUUGAAACAGAACAGAUAUAUAACCCGACUAAAUCUAUACGAUGAUGAUGAGAAAGUAUUACGUAUUGGUGCUGAACUAAGUGAAAUCCCGAAAGGGCCUGUAAUAACAAGUUAUAGCGGGAAUAGUUUUCUUCCUGCUUCGAUUCGCUUUUCCCACCUUAUUAUAAUGGUAUCAAGAGUACCAAGGAGGCCCGGAUAUACAAGGGAUCAAAUGCUGGAAGUUAAUGCACCUUCUGUUCAAAAACUAUGCAGAACAAUGGCUGAUAUAAACCCAGAUGCAUUUUUAGCAAUUUCAACUAAUCCUAUUAAUUCAAUUAUACCUCUUGCAAGUUCAUUGUUAUUUAGAUACAGUGCUUACGAUGCUGCCAAAAUAUUUGGCAUCACUCAUAUAGAUACGUGUAGAGCGAGAGCCUUUGCUUCUAAAGCAUUAAACGUAAACCCGCGGCAUUUGCAUAUACCUGUUAUCGGAGGCCAUUCUGAUCAAACCAUUAUACCAUUGUUUUCAAACAUUACUCCUUCCCAUUAUAAAGUGGAUCCAUGUCAAGCUGAUACAUUAACGAGGCUUGUAAAAAAAGCCGGUAUGGAAGUUAUAAACCACAAACUCGGUAUAGAUUCAGCAACUUUAGCUAUGGCGUGGUCUAUUAAUGAAUUCGUCGAUAACAUUCUUCAGGCGAUGUAUGGAGAUUACGUUGUAGUAAACAGUUAUACGUCAAACCCUCACUACGGAACCAGAUUUUUCUCUGGCCCCACAAGAGUCGGCUGUUACGGUAUCGUUGAAACGUGCAAUUCCAAUUUUAAUAUGACUGAGUAUGAAAAACAUAUACUUGGGAACGCUGUAACGGACAUAAACAAAGAUGUUGCUCGAGGGGAAGAAUAUGCUCGAGUAAUUGCAGAGGUUAAAAACUAAGAUAUUUAUCAAGUAUUUCUUUCAGUUAUGUAAUAUUUUACAGAAUUUAA